GGUCAUGAUCUGAGAAGCGAUACAGCGGACCCGGCUCAACGUUAAGCCACUGAUAUCGACGAGAAUAUUUAAGUCACUCGCCCUAUACGCGUUGGACAAUGAGAUACCCGUGGGCUUAACGCUCCUACCAAGUCUCCAGGACCGCCGCUGCGAAUUUUAUCGCAAGUGUUGGUGAAGGUCUUGAAUUAGGACAAGGAAGGUCCGCCGACGAUCAAGACAAUGUACCCGUGUACAAGUCUGUGGUAACUCCGGUGUUCAGGGGCCGGUUACCGGGUUACUCUUAAAGGGCCAUUUACUUUAUCUACGUAUGUAUGCUCCGAUUCCGUCAAUUCUACUACCACCUCGGCAUAUGCUUUCGCGACUAUAACCGUGCUUAGUCCUGGCAGGGGAAUAAAAUCCGGGGGACUACCCCGCGUAUAUCGCGACCCAUGAUGUAGCAUUCACGGGGGUUAGUGCGGAGAUGGAAAUCGGGGUGAAUGUGAGCCGCUACUAUGACGCCUGUUAUCCGUAUAUAUAGGUAGCCAUCUAAGUAGGAGGCACCUAUCUAGGUCUCUACUAGCCCAGAGGAUCCAAUCAUGGAGAAAAUAGAAGCCCAAGAGCAACUUGAGGAGAACGCGGUUGCGUCGUCUGGAGAUACCAAUAUUGAAGAAUUCGACCAUGAACGUAGCAAACGUCUCAACCGACGUCUCGACUUCCGCAUACUCCCACUAUGUUCCCUUCUCUACCUCCUUAACUUCCUCGACAGAGGCAAUAUAGCGAACGCGAAAGUCCUAAACCAGGAGACCGGCGAUGAUCUACUCCAAAAGACAGGGAUGACGGCUAGUGGAUAUUCUCUAACCGUCACCCUCUUUUCGCUAGCCUACACCCUUUUUGAGGUACCCUCGAAUUGGAUUAUGAAGCAUUAUGUGCGCCCAUCCGUCUGGCUGGCUACCCUCCUUGGUUGUUGGGGCGCCUUGACUCUCGGGUUCGCAGGUGUCCAGAAUUAUGCUACGGUGCUAGUUUUACGUUUACUCAUCGGCGUGUUCGAAGCAGGUUUCUUUCCCGGAAUCGUCUACCUUAUCACGAUAUGGUAUCGGCAUGACGAAAGAUCGGUUCGAAUUGCCGUGGUGAUUGCAUUUUGCAACCUAGCCGGCGCAUUUGGCGGAUGUAUCGCUUACGGACUAGGGACAGCAAACGGCGGUGCUGGGCUUGAAGGCUUCCGUUGGCUGUUUAUCCUGGAAGGUACAAUAACCAUGCUUUGCGUGAUUCCGACGCUCCUCGUGUUGCCUGACUAUCCUGCCCGCGCGAAGUUCCUCAGCCCGUCUGAGAAGAAAUUCGCGGAGGAUCGGCUGAAAGAGCGAGGUGGUGGUUAUAGCAGGGACCAUGCAACGCGAAAGGAGGUAUUGGAAACCUUCUUCAGCCCUCGCAUGCUGGCCCACUACUUUGCCUAUAUUGCCAACGUGGUUACUCAGGGGUCAUUUACGUUCUUCACUCCGACUCUCGUAACUGGAUUGGGUUAUGGAUCCAUUCAAGCUCAGCUGUUAACUGUCCCUCCGUGGGUUGUUGGUUUCGUUGUCGCAAUCUUGGUCUCCUACUCGGCCGAUCGUCUCAACGCUCGAGGUUGGCACAUUACCGUGAUCUCAGUGAUCGGUGGCGCGGGAUGGCUGACCGCCGGCUUGCUUCCCGCGACCUCGUACGUGCAGAAAUACGGCGCGUUGGUUAUGGCGGCGACAGGAGCAUUCCCCGCCGCUCCGUUAUGCACUUCCUGGGUUACGGUGAAUUCGCCCAGUCUGCUUACGAUCCCGUUCGCCAUCGCCCUUCACAACUCUUGCGCUGGUAUCGGACAGAUCAUCGCUCAGUGGAUAUGGCUUGAUACUAGGACCGGGAACUUCACGUGCGCGGCAUGUAAUUUUUUCGUUGCGAUAGUGGCUUUCAGCUUGAGAAUAUGCUACGGGAGGAUGAAUCGAAAGGGCAUAAAGGACGCGAGAGGGGAGAAGAGGGUCUGGUCAUACUGAGUGCCGGGCCGCCGUCGCGUAUUACGAAGAGCUAUGAGAGUACUUACGAAAGUUGGCGAAAAGGAGGAAUAGAUUGAUUGUAUUAUACGGUGGUAGAUUAAAUUAGCCGUUUGAGUUCGG